CUACGCAAUGAGGCUGUGUGUUUAAUAGAAAUGUUAUAAAUCGAGUGGCGUUAUUUAAGAUGUGCUCCAAACUUUUGACGAACUUUUUUUCGGCUUAUCAACCUGCUAAGUUACAAGUUAAGAUGACUGCCACCACGGCCGGUAAGAAGCCCAAAUCAAAGGGCAAACAACCUUCCAGGAAGCUGCCCACUGUCCCCGAGUCGUAGCUGAAGUUCAGCAAGAAGCAGGUCAGCUAACGUGCUACCCUGAUCAAGCGUAAACUAAAGCGCUCUGCUGUGAUUGCACUCCGCAAACGUGAAAACUUGGUGCAUCUGAGAAAUAUCAAGCAAAAUAUAUCCGUGACAGACGCCGUGAGAAUAAGUUGCGCCGUCUGGCAAAGAAACACGGCUCAUUCUACGUGCCUGCGGAAGACAAAUUGGCUUUUGUGAUCUGUAUCCGCGGUAUCAACAAAGUUGCACCAAAAGUGCGUAAAGUUUUACUACUGUUCCGUUUUAGCCACAUUAACCACGGUUCGUUCAUCAAAUUUAACCAUUAAUAUGCUACGCAUUGCCGAACCCUAUAUCACAUGGGGCUAUCCAAAUCUUAAAUCAGUUCGAGAAUUGAUCUGCAAACGUGGAAUUGUCAAGCACAACCAUCAACGUGUCCCAAUCUCUGAAAACUUUGUGAUCGAACGCAAAUUGCGCAAAGCGCACGAUAUUCAGUGCGUUGAUUAUUUAGCGCGCGAAAUAUUCAAUGUUGGGUCCCACUUCAAGAAAGCCUCCAACUUCCUGCGGUCAUUCAAGCUCAACACCAACCGGUGGCUGGCGCAAGAGGACUAAUCACU